AUGCCAUGGAAACAAAUUUGUUCAACAGAAAAUGUAAAAAAAGUAAUCGAACUAUUUCCACCGGGAUGCAAAGAUUUUAAAAUGAAUGACUAUGAUGGAGUGAUUGCCAAAUUGAAAGUUUUAGAUCACCAGUGUAACGUGAAAAAAUUGGAUAGCUUGACAAAAAUAUUUGAAUUAUCUGAAGAUUGUAAAACUUGUUUGCCAACUGCAAACAAGCUAUGCAGGCUAGGACUUACAGCUCCCGUAAGUACUGCUUCAAACGAACGCGCUUUCAGUAAACUGAAAAUCGUUAAAAACUAUUUACGAUCGAUUAUGGGAGCAGAUCGUCUCCAACAUUUAAUGUUACUUUAUAGUAACAAAGAUAUUUUGGAUUGUAUAGACUUAAAAAGUUCAGUGAAAUCAUGGUCACUAUUAAAGGAAAGAAGGAUUAAAAUUUAA